AUGUCUGACGAUGACCUUAAAAAAAUGUUAAACCUACACAUGUGGCGGGCAAAGGCUAUGGAAGAUCUCCUUGGGUAUCACUUUAAGAACAGAGUGCUAGCAUUACAUGCCUUGAAUCUUCCCGGACGUUUUACCUCGAUUCCAUGCCACACUGGCCUCGCUCAGCUUGGAAAAGCUGCUAUGGAGCUUCUCGUAAUCACAGACGGCUAUUAUAGGGGUCUAGAACAAGACAAAAUAUCUACUAUCAUGACCCUUCUCUUAGAUAGCAGCAAACUCGCAGAUAUUGCGGCGAAGAAGGGAGUUGGACGAUGCAUGAUUGGCAAUCGGUCAGGCGACAAUCUAUUGCCUCUUUACAUGGCUAGGACUAUCCAAGCAUUGUUCGGUGCCAUCCUUGUCGAUAGCAAUGGAGACACGAGUAAGCUAUCAGAUGCGAUGAGGGCUCUGAAGCUGCUUCCACCAAGAGUUAACUAG